AUGCCCCGCGAGGAAGAUCUGGGUGAAUAUUCAACUAGUCCAUCUAUUGGAGAAUAUGAUGCAGACUAUCAUCGUAAUCAAAACCAACAACAACAACAACAACAUGGUGAUUUACAAGAUGAUUAUGAUGAAAAUGACGAGGAAUCAAGAAGAUUGCAUUUAGUGCGAACCAUAUCAGCUAUUGAAGCUCAUGAUUUUGAACAAAAAUUUGAUUCCAUAUCUAGAGAAAUUUCAAGACAAGUUACCAAUAAAGAAGGUGAAUUUCAAUUAAAUUUAGAUGAGUUUAAUUUAGGUAAGAUCUUGGCUAAUUUUGUUUAUUUCGCAAGAAAACAAGGUAUUGUAUUAAGAAAAAGUGGUAUAACUUUUAAAGAUUUAUGUGUUUAUGGGGUUGAUGAUUCUGUGGCCAUUGUUCCUACUGUUAUGGAUAUUUUAAAAGGUCCAGUUGCAGGGAUUUCAGCAGCUAUAAAGAAAGCAAAAACACCAAAUAGAAUGAUUUUGAAACAUUUAAAUGGGUUUGCAAAACCAGGUGAUAUGGUUUUAGUUUUAGGUAGACCAGGUGCAGGAUGUACCACUUUCUUGAAAGCUUUAAGUGGAACAGAUUUUGAUUUAUACAAAGGUAUUGAAGGUGAUGUUAGAUAUGACGGAUUACCUCAGAAGGAAAUGAUCAAAAUGUUUAAAAAUGAUUUGAUUUACAAUCCAGAAUUAGAUGUCCAUUUCCCACAUUUAACUGUUGACCAGACAUUGAGUUUUGCUAUUGCUUGUAAAACACCUAAUAUUAGAAUCAAUGGAGUUACUAGAGAACAAUUCAUCAAUGCCAAGAAGGAAGUAUUGGCUACCGUGUUUGGCUUACGUCAUACUUACCACACCAAAGUUGGUAAUGACUAUGUGAGAGGUGUGUCUGGUGGUGAAAGAAAGAGAGUUUCCAUUGCCGAAGCAUUGGCAUGUCAAGGAUCUAUAUAUUGUUGGGAUAAUGCCACAAGAGGAUUGGAUGCAUCCACUGCGUUAGAGUUUGCACAAGCUAUCAGAACAUCUACAACUUUAAUGAAAACUACAGCUUUUGUUACAAUCUACCAAGCAGGUGAAAAUAUCUACGAAAAGUUUGACAAGGUAACUGUUCUUUAUGAUGGUCAUCAAAUCUAUUAUGGACCUGCUAACAAAGCCAAGAAAUACUUUGAAGAUAUGGGUUGGGAAUGUCCUCCAAGACAAUCUACUGCUGAAUUUUUAACUGCAUUGACAGAUCCUAUUGGUAGAUUCCCAAAGAAAGGAUGGGAAAAUAAAGUUCCUCGUACUGCUGAAGAUUUCGAAUCUCGUUGGUUAAACUCUGUACAAUAUAAAGAAUUGUUGAAUGAAAUUGACGAAUACAAUUCCCAGAUUGAUGAAGACCAAGUUAGACGUGAUUACUAUGAUUCUGUUAAACAAGAGAAAAUGAAAGGUGCUAGAAAAUCAUCUCGAUUCACCAUCUCAUAUUUAGAGCAAUUGAAAUUGUGUUUUAUUAGAAGUUUCCAAAGAAUUAUGGGUGAUAAAGCAUACACUAUAACGCUUGUUGGUGCUGCUGUUUCACAAGCAUUUGUUGCUGGAUCUUUGUAUUAUAACACUCCUGAAAAUGUUGCCGGUGCUUUCUCUAGAGGUGGGGUUAUUUUCUUUGCUGUGUUGUUCAUGUCUUUAAUGGGAUUGGCUGAAAUUUCUGCUUCUUUUAGCAACAGACAAAUCUUGAUGAAACAAAAGAACUAUUCAAUGUAUCAUCCAUCUGCCGAUGCUCUUUCACAAUUUGUCAUGUCCAUUCCAAUCAGUUUAUUUAUUAACGUUUUCUUUGUUAUCAUUCUUUAUUUCUUGUCUAAUUUGGCAAGAGAUGCAGGGAAGUUUUUCAUUUGUUAUUUGUUUGUGGUAUUAUUACAUCUUACUAUGGGAUCUAUGUUUCAAGCUGUUGCGGCCAUUCAUAAAACUAUAGCUGGUGCUAAUGCAAUUGGUGGUAUUUUAGUUUUGGCUUCAUUGAUGUACUCAUCAUAUAUGAUUCAACGUCCUUCGAUGCAUGGUUAUUCAAGAUGGAUUUCAUAUAUUAAUCCAGUUUUAUAUGCAUUUGAAGCCAUCAUUGCAUCUGAAUUCCAUGGUAGAGAAAUGGAAUGUACUUACCCAUAUUUAACACCAUCAGGUCCUGGAUAUGAAAAUGUUGGUCAAGGUGAACAAGUUUGUGCAUUUACUGGUUCUGUACCGGGACAAGAUUGGGUUUCUGGUGAUAGAUAUUUAGAAGUUGCAUAUACUUACCGAUUCAGUCAUGUUUGGAGAAAUUUGGGUAUUAUUAUUGGAUUUUUAGCUUUCUUUCUUGCGGUAAAUUGUCUUGGUACUGAAUUUAUUAAACCAAUUGUUGGUGGUGGUGAUAAAUUAUUAUUCUUGAGAGGUAAAGUACCUGAUCAUGUCACAUUACCUUCUGAAAAGGAGGACGAAGAUGUUGAAUCCAGUGGGCAAACAAGUGGCUCAUCGGAGUUGGAAAAAGUACCAGCAGCUAAUAAUCAAUCAAAAGUGGAUGCUCUUGGUGGAUCUACUGAAAACAAGAAUGUUGGAUUGGGAGUUGAUGAUGUUUAUGUCUGGAAGGAUGUUGAUUAUAUCAUUCCUUAUGAAGGUAAGCAACGUCAAUUAUUAGAUGAUGUUAGUGGAUAUUGUAUUCCAGGUACAUUAACCGCAUUGAUGGGAGAAUCAGGUGCCGGUAAAACAACCUUGUUGAAUGUAUUGGCUCAACGUGUUGACUUUGGUACAAUCACGGGUGAUAUGUUGGUUAAUGGAAGACCAUUGGAUUCGUCAUUUAGUCGUCGAACAGGGUAUGUUCAACAACAAGAUAUUCAUUGUGAAGAAGUUACAGUACGAGAAUCUUUACAAUUUGCUGCUAGGUUAAGAAGAUCCAACGAUGUUAGCGAUGAAGAAAAAUUAGACUAUGUUGAAAAGAUCAUUGAUGUUUUGGAUAUGAAAGGUUAUGCCGAUGCCAUUGUUGGUAGAUUAGGUAAUGGUUUAAAUGUCGAGCAACGUAAGAAAUUGUCCAUCGGUGUUGAAUUGGUUGCAAAGCCUUCUUUGUUGUUAUUCUUGGAUGAACCUACAUCUGGUUUAGAUUCACAAAGUGCAUGGGCAAUUGUUAAAUUGUUGAGAGCAUUAGCCAAUUCAGGACAAUCCAUCUUGUGUACUAUUCAUCAACCAUCAGCUACCUUGUUUGAAGAAUUUGAUAGAUUACUUUUGUUAAAGAAAGGUGGUAUUGUUACUUAUUUUGGUGAUAUUGGUGAUAGAUCAAGUGUUAUUUUGGAUUAUUUUGAAAGAAAUGGUGCACGUCAUUGUGAAGAUCAUGAAAACCCUGCUGAAUAUAUUUUAGAAGCAAUUGGUGCUGGUGCUACAGCAUCAACUGAAUUUGAUUGGGGUGAGGUUUGGGCAAAUUCUUCUGAGAAAAUCCAAACUGAUAAGAAACGUGAUCAAUUGAUUAAUGAAUCGUCACAAAAGAAACUAGCUACUGAUUUAUCUGAAAAGGAAGUAAAGAAGUUAAGUUCUAAAUAUGCUACUCCUUAUUUUUACCAGUUUAGAUACACCCUUGAAAGAAGUAGCAAAGUUCUUUGGAGACUUCCAGAAUAUGCCAUGUCAAAGAUUAUGAUGAUGACAUUUAGUGGUUUGUUCAUUGGUUUAGUCACGUUCUACAAUCUUAAACAGACUUAUACCGGUAGUCGUAAUGGGUUAUUCUGUGCUUUCCUUUCUGUUGUCACUGCUGCCCCAAUUGCCAAUAUGCUUAUGGAAAGAUAUAGUUAUUCUAGAGCAACAUUCGAAGCAAGAGAGCUGUUGUCUAAUACUUAUCAUUGGUCCUUAUUAAUUGUGACAAGUAUUCUUCCAGAAAUUCCAUACUUGAUAGUUGGUGGUACAUUCUUUUUCGUUUCUGUUUAUUUCCCAGCUACUCGUCAUGCCAGUGCACAAGCAGGUAUGUUUUUCUUCACUCAAGGUAUAUUCUUACAAUUGUUUACUGUGACAUUUAGUGCCAUGAUUUUAUUUGUUGCACCUGAUUUAGAAAGUGCUUCAGUUAUUUUCUCCUUCUUGUACACAUUUAUUGUUGCCUUUUCGGGUGUGGUUCAACCUGUUGAUGUUAUGCCUGGAUUCUGGACAUUUAUGAACAAAGCUUCUCCAUAUACUUAUUAUAUCCAAAAUUUGGUAUCAUCAUUUUUGCAUAAUAGAAAGAUAGUAUGUAGUGAUGAUGAAUUAUCCAAAUUUAAUCCACCUUCUGGUGAAACAUGUCAACAAUAUUUAUCAGAAUUUCUUUCUAGAAAUCCGGGUUAUUUGGUCAACGAAAAUGCAACUUCAAAUUGUGAAUAUUGUCUUUAUAGUAAUGCUGAUCAAUAUUUGUUAACAGUACAAGCAAGUUAUUCUAACAGAUGGAGAAAUGUUGGGUUUCUUUUUUGCUUAUAUUUUAUUUAA